AAAAAAAAUAAAAAAAAUUAGCCAACAUGAAUUGAAGGGUUCAUCAACACUUGUUUGCCGGCAGUCUUUACUGUUUAGGGCAAUAAUCAGCAGAACGGUGAGAUGUUGAAUCUGCACAAUACUACAAUCCUCAAAGCACCUCUAAAUCCCAUUUCCAUCUCCCUCCGCCAUUUCACCUCUCUUCCACCACCGUCACCACCACAAUCGCCGUCACAGUCACCACCAGACGCCACCGCAAUCUCCAACCUCAUACUUCAAACCAACCCAGAAUCAUUAUCAGAUAUCCUUCACAACCUCACCCAAUGGACACCUGACCUCGUUCACUCUGUCCUAAAGCGUCUCUGGAACCACGGCCCGAAAGCCCUCCAAUAUUUCAACCUCCUCGAUCACCACCGUUCCUAUGCUCACUCUGCUACAGCCUUUGACCAUGCUAUUGACAUCGCUGCUCGUAUGCGCGAUUACAAGACCGUUUGGAAGCUCGUGGCCCGAAUGCAAUCUCGGAGGCUCGGCCCGAGCCCGAAAACAUUCGCUAUCAUCACUGAGAGGUAUGUAUCUGCUGGGAAAGCUGAUAAAGCGUUGAAGGUUUUCCUGUCUAUGCAUAAACAUGGUUGCCCUCAGGAUUUGAAUUCUUUCAAUGCAUUCCUUGACGUGCUUUGUAAAUCUAAACGGGUCGAGAUGGCUUAUAAUUUGUUCAAGAUGUUUAGGAGCAGGUUCAGAGCUGAUACGAUUAGUUAUAACACACUUGCGAACGGGUUUUGUUUAAUUAAGCGAACACCUAAAGCACAAGAUAUUUUGAAAGAAAUGGUGGAGAGAGGUUUGAAUCCCUCAAUAACUACAUAUAACAUAAUGCUUAACGGGUUCUUUAGAGCAGGACAGAUUAAGGAAGCUUGGGAAUUCUUUUUGCAGAUGAAGAAGAGGAAAUGUGAUAUUGAUGUUGUUACUUACACUACUGUAGUUCACGGAUUUGGUGUUGCGGGUGAAGUUGAGAAGGCACAAAAGGUGUUCAAUGAAAUGGUGGGAGCUGGCAUACUUCCCUCUGUUGCAACUUAUAAUGCUCUGAUACAAGUUUUGUGUAAGAAAGAUAGUGUGGAAAAUGCUAUUUUGGUGUUCGAUGAGAUGUUGAGGAAAGGUUAUUUGCCGAAUGCCACAACUUAUAAUGCCAUUAUCAGGGGAUUGUGCCAUGUUGGAAAAAUGGACAGGGCUACGGAAUAUAUGGAUAAGAUGAAAGAGGAUGGGUGUGAACCAAAUGUUCAGACUUAUAAUGUUGUCAUCCGAUACUAUUGUGAUGAAGGGGAAAUUGAGAAGGGCCUGAGGGUGUUUGAGAGGAUGAGUACCGGCGAUUGUUUACCUAAUUUGGAUACAUAUAAUAUUUUGAUAAGUGCAAUGUUUGAUAGGAAAAAAUCAGAUGAUUUAUUAGUGGCUGGGAAACUAUUGACAGAAAUGGUUGACAGAGGAUUUCUUCCUCGAAAAUUUACCUUCAACCGGGUCCUAAAUGGGCUUUUGCUAACUGGUAAUCAAGAUUUUGCGAAGGAGAUUUUGAGGUUGCUAAGCAAAUCUGGCCGCCUCCCCUACCAUUUUAAACUGUGAAGCACAUCAGUUUACGGAUAAUACCCAAACUGAGUGCCUAUUUGGAGCUUAAUGAAAUCUUAAAGCUCUAAAUGAGAUAAGUUUGUCGCUUCCCAUGAAAUUCAAUUUUGGAGUGUGGUAAGAUGUGGAUAAGUAUGAUGAAUGUGAAGAGUUUUAGAUGAAACCGAGUUAAAAGGCAUGCCACUAAAAAGAACUUGUGUUGUUUAGCAGGGUGCUCUGACUUUGGCCUAGGACUUAAAGGAGGUGGAGUUGCAAAUUAGGUAUAUCAUGCAAACGGUGGUGCACAAUGUCAUUGAUAUCAAAAUGCUCCCAUUUUUGCUUCUACCGGAUAAUUCAGCACUUCUUGUUAUUAAUAUAUACACAAGAAAGGACACUGAUGGUGACAUCCAGUUAAAACCACAUUCGUGUAUACAGUUAUGAGUUAGUUGCAAUGUUUCACAAGUACAUAAGGGGGCUUUGGGAUGAGUUUUCUGAGAAUAUCAAGCUGAAAAUAAGCAAUGAAAAGUGAAUAAAAAUGUGGAUAGACAAGUCGCUAGAUGAUAUUCCUCUCAAAGACCAAUUCCCAGACCUUUACACAAUCUGUUCCAAUAAGGACUGCACUACGGCUGACUGCUUUUCUCCUUGUGGAUGAAACCUGCUGGCUACAUCUGAGGAGAAACAUGAAUGAUUGAGAGAUUGAUUGUAUUAAUGUCCAGAAGUUGGAGCCGGUUUCUCUUGACACUCUAAUGUGGAAGAUGAAGAAAAGAUGGCUAGUUUACUGUUAAUGCUUGCUACAAAAGUCUAUUAAAGAAUAGAGGAGGAGUCUCAAGUUAGUUGGCCAAGGAAGUUUACCUGGAAGACAAUCGCACCCCGAAGAGCUGCUCGCUUAACUUGGAUUACUACUGGCUUGCUUAACUCACUUGCAGAAGAGAGGCCUAUCUAUGUGUAGCAGAUGUUUCCUUUGUGAGGAGGCUAAUGAAUCACUCUCUCACAUACUGCUUCAUUGCACAUUUGAUUAGCGUUCCUUAGUAUUUUUGGGGUCCAAUGAGUCAUGCCAGGAAGUAUCAAACUUACCCUAUGCUGCUGGUAUAAGCGGUUGUUUUGGCAACAGACAGUUCUGGAAAGCUGUUCCUAAUUGUACUUACUGGAACACUUUGUUAGGGAGAAACAAUAGGUGCUUUAGUGAUAAGAGGGGCAACAUUUCAUUUGUAAAUCUGUGGACUAAGAACAGUAUUGUCUCUGACAUAAACUCACUGUGUGCAUUCUCUUCAAUCUGUAGAAGGACGCUCCCCACUUUCUGGUGUAAUCUCUCAGUACCAUCUUGGUACCAUUCAAUAAAAUAUCUACCUUUUCAUAAACAAAAAAAGUUUCGUAAGUAGACAAU